UUGUGUACACAAUACUGGAUAUUUUGGGAACGUCGGCGCGCGAGCAGGACCCGCGCGCACCAGUUCUGUGGUGGCAGGCGCCGGUCGCGUGCGCUCCGUACACUCGGCUCGCGAACGAUCAUACACACAAGUGAGCAGUGAUUUAGUGACAACCUCUGUGUUGAAGCCUAUCAUCAGAGCGGCAGUAUUGGUCCAACCGCGAGCGUAAUGUUCCCAAGCUAACAAUGGGGGUUACCGACGAUUUAGCCCCUAGCUUCACGCAGAAGCCACAGCUGCGACAGGAGGACGAUGGCAACAAACUCGUCUUCGAAUGCCAGCUGGUCGCAUCGCCUAAGCCGGAGAUCUGCUGGUUUAGGAGCGAUGAACUGCUCAAAGAAGAUAAUAGGACCAAGUUCAAGAUCCAGAGCAUCGCCAACAACAAGUUCCUGGUGGUGCUUGAGUUAGAUGACGUGAUCGAGACCGACGCGGGGCUGUACAAAGUUAAGGCUAAGAAUAAGAUGGGCGAGGUGGCCGCUUCCAUCAACCUUAACUUCAGCCCCGCUGACGAAGAAAAACAGAAACAAGUGGACGGUAAAGCGCCAACAUUCGCGCGUAAACCAGCCAUCAGACAAGAAGAUGAUGGCAAGCGGUUAAUAUUCGAGUGCCGCAUUGAAGCUGAACCCCUACCCCAGGUCACCUGGUUCCACAGUGGUGUGGAGGUCAAACCUGGAGCCAGGCAUAAGUUAACCGUGAGCAAGGAUGGAAAAUCCUAUUAUGCAUCACUGGAAAUCAACAACGUAACAGUAGAAGAUGCUGGCAAAUACAGGGUGACAGCUAAGAACGAACUGGGCGAAAGCAAUGCCACAAUCAGUUUGAACUUCGAUAGCGACGAAGCGCCCGUACCUGAAGACUUUAUCAAACCGACAUUUACGGAGAGACCAGUCAUCAGGCAAUCGGAUGAUGGUACCAAAAUCUCAUUCGAAUGUCGAUGUGUUGGCAAACCGAAACCAACCAUCACAUGGUACCAUGGUAAAAAGAUGAUAAAAGAAAGUAGUCGAUAUAAAAUAACGUUAGAAGAGGACCAAACAUUAUAUCACAUGGCGCGACUCGAAAUCUUAGGCGUUGAGAAUUCGGACAGAGGAGAAUACAGGGCUGUAGCGAAAAACAAACAUGGUGAAGGCGUAGCAAAAAUAAACCUAAACUUCGAAGGCGGAGAUAAACCAAAAAUACCCGACGGUAAAGCACCGAGAUUCCCUAAAAAGCCGACCAUUAGACAGGAAGGCGAAGUACUUAUAAUGGAAUGUAUAUUAGAAGCAUACCCAGCUCCAGACAUCACGUGGUUCCACGGAGAUAAAGAAAUUAGGGAUGGUGCAAAAAUGAAGAUGUCCAGAAAAGCCACCGGAAAAGAUACAUUUAAUUUGACGUUAGAAAUUUUAGGCCCCACGCGGGAAGAUGGGGGCAAUUAUAGGUGUAACGCCUUCAACUUGUUUGGCGAGAGCAAUGCCAAUAUUGCUCUCAAUUUCCAAGGUGGGGAUGACGAAAAUGGUUUCCCACCAUCAUUCGUGGAGAAACCCCGAAUCAUUCCCAACGAGGACGGCACACUCAUUACGAUGCGUUGUGUCUGCAAAGCAAAGCCGGCGGCCGAAGUCACGUGGUACAGAGGCACGACCGUCAUCAAGGCUAGUAGUAAAAUCGAAAUCAAAUCAUCCGACAUGGGUGAAGACGUUUAUGAGUUAUUGUUGCUUUUGACAAACCCGACGGCAGCGGAUGGUGGCUCUUACCGCUGUCACGUCAGAAACGAAUUUGGCGAAAGCAACGCUAAUCUCAACCUGAACAUUGAGGCUGAACCAGAACCAGAAGGUGAAGGCCCGACAUUUGUCGAGAAGCCAACGAUUCAGUCCAAGGACAAUGGCAAACUAGUUAUAAUGGGAUGCAAGGUCAAAGCUAGCCCGCGACCGACGAUCGUGUGGUACCACGAGGGUAAAGAAAUCAGGGACUCGUCGAAAAUUAAGACCAGGGUUGAGGUCCACGAGGACGUAUACACAAUCAUACUAGAACUCAUCGAUCCUGGUAUUGAAGACUCCGGAUUGUAUAAAUGCAACAUUAAAAAUGAACUUGGAGAGCUCAAUGCGAAUCUUACGCUCAAUAUUGAAAUCAUUCCAGUUAUCAAAGAGAAACCAAAGAUCAUUAAGAUAGUUAAGAAGAAGACUGUUAUUGUUGAAUGUAAAGUAUUAAGUAAAUUUGCACCUGCAUGCACAUGGUUCAAGGAAAAUACUGCUGUCAAAGAAGGCUCUAGGCAUACCGUGCUUAUUGAGCCCAGCAGAGAAGGUGAAUUCACAGUCAAAUUGGAAAUCUCAAACGUGUCACAAGUGGACAAAGGUUCAUACAAACUGGUGGCCAAGAACGAGAAGGGAGAGGCGACAUCACAGGUCGUCGAGAUCUCAGACAUCCCAGAAGAAAAGGGUGACAAACCACAGAUCAUUAAACAUCUUAGGAGCUUGGCCCGCAAAGAAAACGAGGAAGCCGAAUUCGUGGCAGUCCUGAAGACGUCAGACCAGUCGUGCAGAUGCACAUGGUACAAGAACUCGACCGUCAUCAGAGACUCCUCGGAAGUCAACACAUCAUUCGAUGGCACCAACGCCAGGCUGAUCAUCAGGAAGGUGUCCACUAAAUACGUCGCCAACUACAGAGUGGUGAUCAAGAACGAAUACGGAGAAGACGAGUCCAGCGCAGACUUGACUAUUGUUGAGGAAAAGAAAAAGAAGAAGGAGGAGGAAGAGGAAGAAGAGGAGAAGACAGUGAUUGAGGAGUCUGAAGAAGAAAUGUCGAUAGUGGAGGAGAAAUCCAUUAUUGAAGAAAAUCACGUUGAAGAGAAAAAGAAGGAGGAAGAAAAGAAAUCUAUGAGAAAGAUGUCACAGAAGGAAGAAGUUAAAGUGGAACAAAAGAAAGAAGAAGUUUCGAUUGAAGCAAAGAAAACUGAAUCUAAGGUCGAGGCAAAGAAAACUGAAACUAAAGUUGAAGCCAAGAAGACUGAAUCUAAGAUUCAGGAAACCAAAAAGGCUGAAGUCGAAGCUGAAGAAACUAAAAAGAUAUUCGAGAAGAGACUUUCGAAAUCUGAAGAAGAAAAGAAAGCUCUUCUUGAAAAACUCGAAAAGAAAAAACCUGAACCUGAACCGGAAAAGAAAAUUGAAGGCAUUCCAAAACUUAGGCCGACUAAGCCUAAGGAAGAACCAGUUGAGGAAAAGAAAGAAGAGAUCAAGAAGAAGACAGAAGAAAAGAAAAAGGUGGUCAAGAAGAAGGUUGUUGCUAAAAAGGAGGAGGACGAAAUCGAGUUCGUCGAUGAUUACGAGAGACCUGUUUUGGAGAAAUAUGAAAAGAUUACACCGACGCCGCUCGAUAAAAAAGCUAAAGAGGAUCACACACCAAAGGGUAAACGCGCAUCUAUUGCGGAAAGCGUUAAAAGUGAACAAGAAAGUGAGGAGGAACCAUCAGUGGCAGCACCUGCUCCAGAGAAAAAACCUAAAGUUGAACCUGCUAAGGUUGAAGAAGAAAAGACUGAACCACCAAAGCGGCCCAGUAUCAAAAAGGGUCUACCAAAACCAGAGGAACCUGUUGACGAGUUAUCUAAAGUUAAACUCGGCAAGGCUCCUUCUAAACCAGAAGAGACUAAACUCGAGGAACCACAGGUUGCAAAGACUAAAAAACCGGUUAAGAAGCCGGAGGAAGCCGAAUUUGUGGAUGAUUACGAAAGGCCUGACCUCGAAAAAUACGACAAAAUGACACCAACUGCCUUAGAUAGGACCAAAAAACAAAAUGGGGUUAAGGAGGCUGAACCAGAAUUCGUCGACGAUUACGAAAAACCAGAACUUGAGAAAUAUGAAAAGAUUACUCCUACACCUAAGGACAAACGUCGUCCUAGCGAUAAUGAGGAUGAUGUAGACAUGAUGAAGGGCAAAAUUAAGCCUAAAGAAAAAGAACCUGAACCUGAAGUGCCUACACUCCGCAAACGGCCUGUCCAAAAGGACAAGGAGGAGGAGAAACAGCCUGAGGAGAAACCAAAGGCUAAGCCAAAGAAAAAGGAUGAACCUGAGGCUAAAAAGCGUCCUUCUCUUAAAGAGAAAGAGGUCGAGGUUGAGGAGUUUGUCGACGAUUACGAGAGGCCAGUUCUCGAGAAAUACGAGAAAAUCACACCUACACCUCUUGAGAAAAAGAAAAAGGAAGAGAAACAGCCUGAGGAAGAAGUACCCUCAGCCACAGCUACUGCUAAACGACGAUCUGUCAAAGACAAAGAUAAGCCAGAGCCUAUGGAUGUUGACGAAAGCGUCAGCCUAUCCAAGCCGAAGGCACCAUUCAAAACUGGCAAGGAUGCUGAAGACGUUUCACUCACACACAAAACACCAGCUGAAAUUAAACCUACGGAGGACCAGGCUGAAGCUAAGCUCAGUGUUAAAAAACCAGAAAUUGUCGAAGAAAAAACUCUUAAGAGACCAACAGCUAAGAAGGACAAAGAUGACAAGCCUGAGGACACUGAAGAAGCUGUCAGUAUAACCAAACCUAAGACAAGCACCACUGCUCCUGAAGAAGCACAACUUACACAAAAGACACCUGCUAAGAAAAAGCUAACGGAGGGUACUGAGGCAGCACAGUUGAAAGUCAAAAAACCCGCUGUCGUUAAAAAGGAUAAAGAAGAUGAGGAUCAGGACCCAAUCGUAGUAAAAGGUGGUAAAUUUGAGAAACCCCAGCUCAAGAAAACAGUUGUUAAGAAGCCAACAGAACAGCCUAAACGUGCUGUAGUCGCUGAGCAGCAGAGUGACGAUGACGAACUUGUCUUUAAACCCAAAGAUGAUCCAGUGAUUGAACUCGACUUUGUCGAUGACUACGAAAGGCCAGUACUUGAAAAGUACGAAAAGAUUACACCUACUCCCACAGUACGGGAGAAGAAAGAAAAGGAAGCAACUAAGGUGACGAUGAUCGCCCAACAGGCUCACCAUCUUGAAGUAAAGACCGAAAGCCGUAGGACAUCGUUCCAAAGCGAGGUCAAAGAAGAAUCCAAAUCAGAGAGCCGUAGAAGCUCUGUCAUUGAAAACAAAGCUGUUAAGCAACUUACAAAGGAAACUGCGGAAAGCAGGAAAUCAUCUAUUUCAUCAGUGGCUGAACAACAAGAAGUCACUGCUUUGAAGAAGACCGCUCAAAAGAGCUCAGUAAAGGUGGCAGAAGCGGCAGAAAUGGAACAAGUUAAACUCAAGGAAGUGAAAGGGAACGUAGAAGAUACGGUAACGACUGAUAAGCCUUCAGAUAAAACAUAUCCAUGGCGACCUACGAAAACAGACACUCAGGAACCUACUGAAACAGUGGAACCAAAACGUAAGGAUAGUCUUAAGAAGCCUACCGAUACAUCAGUGCCAAAACGUCGUGAAAACGAUACUGAGGAAACUGAAGAUAUCGAAGAGGUUGAGGAAAAAACUGAGACAAAACGUAAAGCUUCUGUUGAUAAGCCUAAAGAGCCGCUCAGACGUCGGCCCAGCAAACCUGAUGAGGAUAAGGAAAAUAAGAAGAAACCAGACACGGCUGAUAAGCCUGAUAGUAAAAGAAAGGCGUCAGUCGAUAAACCUACUGAGCCUAAAAGAAAGCCAAGUAACGUUGACGAGGACAAAGAAAAUAUUGACACCGAAAACAAAAAUAAACGAAAGGUUUCAAUUGAUCGUCCCACCGAACCUACUUACCCGUGGCGUAAGCCUAGCAAUGCUGAUGAGGACCAAGUAGAAUCGCAAAAGACAGAGGUCAAAAGGAAGCCUUCAUUUGAUAGGCCCACAGAACCUACGUAUCCUUGGCGUCGUCCAAGUCAUGUUGAUGAGGACGACCAACAGCCAAUGAUAAUAGAUGAUGAGCCAUUUGUGCCUAGACGCCGUGUAUCAGUUGAUAGACCAUCGCAACCUACUUAUCCUUGGCGCACACCUAGCGUUGAUUCACAGGAUACACCCGUUACUGAAGCUCCUGAAGAACCUAAAAAGCCAGCUGAUGAGGGUAGAGAAUCUCCUUAUCCUUGGCGCAAAGACAGUAAAGUUGAAGAGGAUAAGAAAGAUUCGAAAGAACCAGAAAAGCCUAAAGAUAAUUUGUUGACCGAUAAACCGAAGGAAUCUGAAUAUCCUUGGCGCAGACCAAGUAAAUCGGAGGAACCUGUAGCUAAAAAGCCAGAGCCAGAACCAGCUAAAGACGAACCAAAAUCUAAGGAACCUGACGAUACACAGAAAACACAAACAGAUAAACAAUUGAAACCCACACAGACACCUUUCUUCAUGAGAAGGAAGUCAAAUAACUUAGAGGAACCUCCUGAAUUCUUAAAGAAACGUAAAGAUUCGACUGUUGAGCCUAAAAAGGAGACAGACGUUAAGGAGCCUGAAAUACCAAAACGAAAGCCUUCUGAACCUACAAUUGAAGCACCAAAAGAUACAAAACAAAAGGAACCUGAACCAAAACAAAAGUUAACUGAGCCUAUUGUGGAACCAGUCAAGAAUGGUACACUUGAACCAAAGACGCCUGAAUCUCUAAAAACACCUUCAGAACUAUUAAAGGACAUCACACAAAAAACAAAGGAACUUGAAGUAUCUAAAAAAACAGAUGAGGAUAAAAAGAAACCUAUAGAAGAAAGUAUGAAGGACGAUGAAAUUAAAGUACAGAAACCACUAGAAUCACCUAAAUUGACAGAAACACGGUACCCAUGGAGAAAACAACACUUAGAGGUACCGUCAAUAGAAACUCCAGAACCGGAAAAGAAAGAGGAACCUCCCGUGGUUCCAUUCUCUUGGCAGGUCAUUCCUGAAAUACCACAGGCUGAACAAACGCCAGAGUUAGAAGACCAAUACAAACCAACAUUACUUGAGACUCCAGAGUCAACAGCGCCCUGGCGCAGGGCAAAGUCCCCUCAGGCUGAAACGACUGAAGGCAAAGACGAAAGUAUGCAAGCUAUUGAAUUACCACAGCCCGCUUAUAGCAGCCAACCUCGAACGCCUGAAGAGAAAGUCGCCGUUAAGGAAGAAAAGGUCGAAGAAGAAGCUAAGAAGGCCAAGGUCACAUCAGUCAAGAAGAAGGCUGAGGAUCUGCCUGAAAUUGCUGAUUACGACCGACCUGAACUUGAGAAAUUCGAAAAGAUGGACUUCACACCUUCAACCAAGGACAAACCGGAUAAGCCUGCGCCAAAGGUACCUGAAAUCAAGGCACCAGAGGAGAAGCCUGCAGCACCUAAGAUCGAGGUCAUCCGUGAGAAGUCACCGAAACCAGAAAUGCCAAGGAAACCCUCACUUGUACCUGGUGCACCAGUCGGUAGACGUGGUUCCCUCAUUCCUCCACCAGAGGAGAUGGGAAGACGUCCUUCCCUUAUCAUCAGCGACGAGGUCAAGAAAUUACGUCCCGGCGAAGUAUUAGACGAGAAAAAGAAACGCGCCAGGCCGGGUGAACUCUCCGAAGAGCGACGAAAAUCCGGAGACGCCAGAAGGCCGUCAGUGCAGGAUCUUGAAGAUCUUAUCAACAAACCCUCAGUGCCUCUCAAACCUAUUGGAAAUGAGGGUCCACCGGUCAUCGUCGAUGUCCAAGAAAGUUACUCUGCUGUUGAAGAUCAAACCGGCUACCUCACUGUACAAGUUGAAGGUAGCCCAGCACCCACAUUCAAGUUCUAUAAGGGUGUCAGUGAGAUCAUCGAAGGUGGUCGCUUCAAGUUCAUCACCGAUGGUGACACUGGUCUCAUCACCCUCUGCAUGAGGAAGGUCAAGCCUAACGAUGAAGGAAAAUACAAGAUUGUGGUCAGCAACAUCCACGGCGAGGAUUCAGCUGAGAUGCAGCUUUACGUAUCCGACGCCAGUGGUAUGGACUUCCGUGCUAUGCUUAAGAAGAGGAAGUACGCCAAAUGGGGUGAAAAGAAAGAGGAUCCCGACUGGGGAGACCUCAAGGAGACAGAAAAACCAAUCCCACCCCUCAAGAAAGUGGAAAAGGGCUUAGAGACUGGAUAUUUUGAAGAGGACGGCUUCAUUGUGGUCGUAUCCGAAGGUGUCGAGAUGGGUAGAUUCCCAGCUGAAAGGAGGCAAUCCUUGAACUGGUCCUGGGUCAAGGGUAUCUAUGACAUAAGGAGACGAAUGUCUCUACCUGAAAUAAUACCCGAUUGGCCCGAAUUGAUGGAGGCUGUCAAAAUAAAGAAACAAGAGUCAUUCUUGAAGCCCCUCGUAGAUCAAUUCGCGAAAGAAGGCAAGGAUAAGAAGGUUACAUUCGAAGCCAUCUUUACCAAACCAAAUGCGAAACCGAAGUGGUUCUUCCGUAAAGAUGAACUAUUCCCCGGAUCUAAGUAUAAGAUGACAAACGAACAAGACUCAUACAAACUGAUCAUCAUGGCCCCUAAAGUUGAAGAUACGGGUAAAAUUACGAUUGAAAUCGGCGGCAUCACUUGCACAGCCUUCUUGCAAGUCGAUGAACCAGACCCUACUUACACGUUCACCAAACCACUGAAGAAGACAACCAGUGGAUACACGAAACACGAAUGUGUGCUGGAGUGUACCGUCUCCAACAGUCUCGCCAUCGUCUCCUGGUGGAAGGGAGAAGAGAAGGUAGAAGAUGGAGACAUUUAUCAGAUAUCUAAGGACUUGUCUGGAGUUUGCAGACUGGUUAUCAAGAGCUGUAAGUUCGAAGAUGCUGGCAAAUACGCUUGCAAAAUUGAAAAGCAACCUGACAAGACAGAGACUGAAGUCAAAAUUGUUGAAUACCCAUACAAGUUCACAAAGGUACUCAAAUCACAGCAAGCUAUUGAGAAAGACACCAUCACACUUCUCUGCGAGCUGGAUGAUGCAUCUGGAGACGUUAAAUGGUUCAAGAACAAUGAACCGCUGAAAGCAGACAAGCGCAUAUCGAUCGUAAAGGAGGGUCGCAAGCGCAAGGUUGUGAUCAAGGACGCUAAGGUCACUGACGCCGGCAACUUCAAGUGCGUCAGUAACGCCGAUGAAACUGCUUGCGAAUUGAUUGUCAAUUACUCGAAUCGCUUCAACAAGAAGUUGAAGGACACAGAAGCAAUUGAGAGGGACAAGGUUGUUCUAGAAGUUGAAUUGCAGGAUCAGACCGCUGAAGCCGUUUGGUCUUUCAAUGGACAGCCUAUUGUACCUAAUGAAAGAAUUGAAAUCAAGAACCUGGGUGGUGGUAAACACCAGCUCAUCUUCAACAAGUUGGAGAUGGAAGAUGACGGUGAAAUUCUUUGCGAGUCUGGAAAGUUGUCCUCUUCUUGCAAACUUACCGUCAAGAAGGGUGAAUCCAAACCUGCUAUUGACUGUCCGGAUGAAUUCUGCGGACCCCAUGACAGGCCUUUCGUCAUUGAGGUGCCCUAUAAAAUUACUGGCACCCGACAGACACCAAUCGAAGCUAAACUAUGGAAAGACGGAAAAGCCCUGCCCGCCAAAGAAGUCGAGGCAGUGGUUGAGCAAGAGAAGGUCCUAUUCAAGAUCAAGAAACCAAGCAGAGACCAAUCCGGCAAAUACACCAUUAAAUUGGCUAACGCCCAGGGCGACGACUCGAAGGAUGUCACCAUUACCAUGCAGAGCGUACCAACUCCACCACAGGAAGUCCAGGUUUCAGAAGUCUUCCAGACUUCUUGCGUUGUUGCCUGGAAGACGCCACAGGACGAUGGUGGUUCACCCAUUGUCAAAUACGUUAUUGAGAGACAGGAUAUGUCUCUCAAGGCAGGAUGGGAUAGUGUAUCAGAGGUGGCCGUUGGCCAGCCUAUGAAAUACAAGGUGGAAGACCUUAUUCCCAAGAAGACUUACAAGUUCAGGAUCCGUGCCGUUAACAAGAUCGGUUCUAGUGAACCUGGUCUUUUCGGCAAGCCCGUGCUGGCUAAGGAUCCGUGGGAUGAACCAUCGAAGCCCAAGAAUGUGGAACUUACCGACUGGAACAAAGACCAUGCUGACCUUAAAUGGCAGAAGCCUGACAACGAUGGCGGUGCACCAAUCACUGGAUACGUCAUCGAAUACAAGGAGAAGUUCGGCAAGGACUGGGUAACUGGCAAGGAGGUUCCUGGUGACUGCUUAGCUGCCACUCAGGAUGGCCUCAAGGAAGGCUGCACUUACGAGUUCAGGGUCCGCGCCAUCAACAAGGCUGGACCUGGUGAACCUAGUGACGCUACUAAGCCGAUUGUUGCUAAGUGCAGAUUUGUCAAGCCUUACAUCAUCGGUGAGGGUGUCCAAAGCAUCAUCAUCAAGAAGGGCCAGGUUAUCACCUUCGACAUCAAAUACGGUGGUGAACCUGAACCCGAGGUCAAAUGGAUGAAGGGUGAAGAGAAACGCGGCAAGGCGUACACGGAGAAGGAAAUCAAGGAUGAUGGUGACCGUAUCACCAUUGAUAAGUACGAGAGGAACACCGUAAUUACUGUCAGGAGGACCACCAGGCCUGAUAGUGGAAAGUACAAGCUGGUACUGACCAACUCCUCGGGCACUUGCGAGAGUGUCGGCGAUGUGGUUGUUUUGGACAAACCAAACCGCCCGAACGGCCCGAUCGAAGUUACGGACAUCCGCGCCGAGAAGGCGACCGUCAAAUGGCAGAAGCCAGACGACUGGCAGGGAUCCGAUAUCACUGGAUACACACUCGAGAAGAUGGACAUGGAUACUGGAAACUGGGUGCCUUGUGGCGAGACCGGUGCAGAACCAACCGAGUUCACAGUCAAGGGUCUUACCCCGAACCACAAGUACAAGUUCAGGGUACGCGCCGUCAACAAGGAGGGCGAAUCAGAGCCAUUGGAAACUGAUGGAUUCAUUGUUGCUAAGAACCCAUACGACCCACCAAAGGCGCCUGGAAAGCCCGCGAUCACCGACUACGACAACACAUCCGUGACCUUGCAAUGGGAGCCACCAUCAGACAACGGUGGAAGACCAAUCCUUGGUUACGUCGUGGAGAUGAAGGACAAAUUCUCUCCUGACUGGAUUGAGGUUGUGAAAACAAAUGACACAAAGACGGAGUACAAGGUUGAAGGUCUGAAGGAGAAGAUGGUGUACCAGUUCCGUGUGAAGGCAUACAACAAGGCUGGUGUUGGUGAGGCCUCGCAGCCCACUGACAACCAUCUCUGCAAGCAUAAGAACUUGAAACCACGCAUUGAGCGCAGCACCUUCAAGUCUGUCAUCAUCAAGGCAGGCCGCACUCACAAAUGGUCUGUGGACGUCAUCGGUGAACCUCCACCAGAGAUGACAUGGUCUUGGCGCGACAACAUCAAGCUGGUUAACACAGAGCGCAUCAAGAUUGAGAACAAGGAAUACCACACCGACUUCACCAUUGUGAACGCCGUGCGCCGCGACACCGGCAAAUACAAGCUCCGGGCUGAGAACUGCAACGGUUUCGACGAGGAGACUGUUGAGCUUACCGUGCUCAGCAAGCCUAGCGCGCCUAAGGGCCCAUUGGAAGUCACAGACAUCCACGCCGAAGGUUGCAAGGUCAAAUGGGAGAAGCCAGAAGACGAUGGUGGCUCUCCAGUCAAGGAGUACGAGCUGGAGAAGAUGGAUGUCGCCACUGGCAAGUGGGUCAGGGUUGGCAGAGUUGCCGGUGACAAGAAGCCUCUAGAGAUGGAGGUGACUGGUCUGGAACCUGGCCACCAGUACAAGUUCAGGGUCACAGCCGUCAAUGACGAGGGUGACUCUGAACCUCUUGAAGCUGAACGCGCUAUCCUCGCCAAGAAUCCGUUCGAGGCAUCAGACAAGCCUGGCAAUGUCGAGGUUGCAGACCACGACAACCAGAGCGCUGACAUCAAAUGGGACCCACCUAAGAACGACGGUGGCGCUCCUAUCCUCAAGUACAUUAUCCAGAAGAAGCCUAAGGGCGGUGAUUGGGAGAAUGCUGCUGAGGUACCUGGAACCCAAAACACGGCUAAGAUCGACGGUCUACCAGAAGGUAGCGAGUACCAGUUCCGCGUGGUAGCCGUCAACAAGGCUGGACCUUCCGAACCUUCCGACCCUACCAAGAUGACCACCAUCAGACACAAGGCUUUGAAGCCCCGCAUCGACCGCACCAACCUGAAGGCGCUGGCGGUGCGCGCGGGCAAGCCCAUCUUCUUCGACGUCAACGUCAAGGGUGAACCCGCGCCCAAGGUGCAAUGGUUCCGCAAGUGGAAGGGCGAGGAGACUGAGGUGAAAGAAAACGUAAUCAACGUAGACUACAACACAAAAUUGGACGUGAAAGAAUCAGUGCGCGCUAUGACCGGCACCUACCGUAUCCUAGCAACCAACGAGCAUGGUUCUGAUGAAGCUGAGGUUGAGAUCACCGUGCUGUCUGCCCCUGGCAAACCUGGUGGUCCACUCAAGGUCGCUGAUGUCACCAAGAACGGCUGCAAGCUGUCUUGGAAGAAACCUGAAGAUGAUGGUGGUAAACCAGUAACCGGCUAUGUAGUCGAGAAGCUGAACAAGGCUACCGGCCGCUGGGUGCCAGUCGGCAAGACCGAUGACACGGAGAUGGACAUCAAGGGUCUGCAGGAAGGUGAAGAGUACGAGUUCAGGGUCAAGGCAGUCAACGACGAAGGAGAGUCUGAACCGCUCAAGACAGACCACUCCAUCAUUGCUAAGAAUCCUUAUGACAUCCCUGGCAAGCCAUCAGUCCCGACCCUGGAGGAUUGGGACGUGGACCGCGUGGACCUCAAGUGGGAGGCUCCCAAGAACAACGGAGGAGCGCCCAUCACCGGCUACAUCAUCGAGAAGAAGGAGAAAUACGGAUCUUGGACCGAGGCGCUUGUUACUACGACGCCAGAAUGCAAGGCUCGCGUGCCGGACCUGAAGGAAGGCAACGUGUACCAGUUCCGUGUCCGUGCCGUCAACAAGGCCGGACCGGGAGAACCGGGAGAUGCCACGCAACCGCAUACGGCUAAGGCACGAUUCUUGAAGCCGCACAUCAACCGCGACAAGAUGCACGCCAUCCGCGUCCGCGCCGGUACCACCAUCAAGUUGGACGUCGACAUCAAGGGUGAACCUCCACCAUCCAAGACCUGGACCUUCGCUAAGAAGGUCCUGGAGACCGGCCCAGGGCUGAAGAUCGAGAACGAGGACUACAACACCAAGAUGCAGAUCUUCGACUCGACCUGGGCCAACUCCGGAGUCUACACGCUCAAGGCGGAGAACGACUCCGGAGUCGAUGAGGCUACAGUGGAGAUCACUGUACUGGACAAGCCCGGCAAGCCCGAGGGUCCGCUGGAAGUAUCGGACGUGCACGCGGACCACGUGAAGCUGAGCUGGAAGAAGCCCAAGCACACCGGAGGCCUGCCCCUGUCGGCCUAUGUCGUGGAGAAGAUGGACACCCUCACUGGCAAGUGGGUGCCUGCUGGCACCGUCGACCCUGACACCACUGAGGCUACUGUUACUGGCCUAGAAGCGGGUCACACGUACCAGUUCCGCGUGAAGGCUCUGAACGAGGAAGGGGAAUCCGAACCCUUGGAGACAGACCAUGGAAUCCUGGCCAAGAACCCAUACGACGUCCCAGCACCACCUGGUCUACCAGACAUUGUGGAUUGGGAUGAGAAGUCUGCUAAGCUUAAAUGGGAGCCCCCCAUCAGGGAUAAUGGAGCUCCUAUCACCGGCUACAUUAUUGAAGUCAUGGAUCGUGAUAGAGGAGAGUUUGUUAAGGCUGCAGAGAUCCAGGGCAACAUCUGCCAGGGUACAGUGCCUAAGCUGGAGGAAGGCAACCAGUACCAGUUCCGCAUCCGUGCCGUGAACAAGGCUGGACAGUCCGAACCUUCCGAGAACACCAACUGGCACACUGCUAAGCCACGAUUCUUGAAACCAAGAAUCGACCGCACAAACCUGAACCCUCUCACCGUCAAGGCUGGACUACCAGUCUCCCUGGACGUCAAGGUCUUCGGAGAACCACCAGCCACCGUCACCUGGUACUUCAAGGGUGAGGAGCUGAAGAACAGGGAGAACCUGGAGAUUAUCAAUGUGGAUUACAAUACCAAGUUCUUGAUGACCAAGUCUAAGAGGGCGCAGACUGGAAAGUAUGUGAUUAAAGCCAAGAAUGAGGUUGGUGAGGACGAGGCUGAAGUUGAGAUUACUAUUCUUGGCAAGCCCUCGAAACCGCAAGGACCUCUGGACGUGUCUGACGUCACGAAGAACGGUUGUACCCUCACCUGGAAGAAACCAGAGGACGAUGGCGGAUCUCCCAUCGAGUACUACGAGAUUGAGAAACUUGAUCCGCUUACUGGACAAUGGAUCCCGUGCGGAACAGCCAAGGACUGCAAGGCCAACAUCACCGGCCUGUCUGAAGGCAAGCCCUACAAGUUCAGGGUCAAGGCAGUCAACAAGGAGGGAGAGUCUGAAGAGCUGGAGACUGACAAGCCUAUCAUUGCUAAGAAUCCCUUCGACGAGCCCGGCAAACCUGGACGUCCAGAGCCACGUAACUGGGACAAGGACUUCGUGGAGCUGGAAUGGACUCCACCCAAGGACGAUGGAGGAGCACCCAUCACUGGAUACAUCGUGCAGAAGAGGGAGAAGGGUGGAAGAUCCUGGUCGGACUGCCUCAAGACUACAGGCGACCGUCCCACCGGUCGCGUGACGGACGUGGAGGAAGGUCACGAGUACGAGUUCCGUGUCAUGGCCGUCAACAAGGCCGGACCGGGAGAACCUUCCGAUCCUAGCAAGAGUGUCAUUGCUAAGCCACGAUUCUUGAAACCACACAUCGACCGCAAGAACCUUCAAAGCAAGAAGAUCAAGGUCGGCUCUCCUCUCAAGAUGGACGCCGACGUCAAGGGUGAACCUGAACCAGUCAUCACCUGGACCUUCAAGGGAGAAACCCUCAAGUCUGCUGGAAGGUUGCAGAUUGACAACAAGGACUAUCACACCACCUUCUCCAUUGACAAGAUGACCAGGGCUGAUGCUGGUAAAUACGUUGUGACUGCCAAGAAUGACUCUGGUGUUGAUACCGUUGAAAUUGAGGUGGAGGUCGUCAGCAAGCCUAGCAAGCCGAAGGGACCUCUCAAGGUAUCAGACGUCACAGCAGAAGGCUGCAAGCUCAAAUGGGAGCCACCAGAAGACGAUGGAGGCGAACCCAUUGAGAACUACGUGGUGGAACGUAUGGACACGGAGUCCGGACGGUGGGUGCCUGUCUGCACCACCAAGACCCCUGAAGCCGAUGUCACUGGCCUCAAUGAGGGCAAGGAUUACCUGUUCAGGGUGAAGGCUGUCAACCCUGAAGGUGAAAGUGAACCGCUGGUCACUGAAACCGCUACUACUGCUAAGAAUCCUUAUGGCGAGCCCGAUGCACCUGGCAAGCCAGAGUUCAAGGACUGGAGCAAGGACCACGCGGACCUCAAGUGGGAGGCUCCCAAGAACGACGGUGGCGCCCCCAUCACUGCAUACAUUGUUGAGAAGAAGGAUCGCGACACCGGCAAGUGGGUGAAGGCUGCUGAGGUGCCCGGCAACAAGACCGAGGCCCGUGUGCCCGACCUGAUCGAAGGCAAGACCUACCAGUUCCGUGUGAAGGCCGUCAACAAGGCUGGACCAGGCAAGGCGUCCGCGCCUUCCGAGAAUCUGCUGGCUAAGGAUAGAUUUGCGCCACCAAAGAUCGACCGCACGAACAUGCGCGACAUCACUCUCAAGGCGGGACAGAACAUCAGGCUGGACGUCAAGGUCAGCGGAGAACCACCACCGACCAAGACUUGGUUCCACAACAAGGAACGUCUAUCGACCCGCGAGGAUCUGACGGUAGACGUGGAAGACUACAGGACCAAGUUGUCGGUGGUCAUCGCUUCACGCAAGCACAGCGGCACCUAUGUGUUGAAGGCUGAGAACUCCAGCGGCAAGGACGAAGCCACUAUUCAGAUCAACGUACUGGAUGUACCUGCUAAACCUGAGGGACCGCUUAAGAUCUCAGACGUCCACAAGGAAGGUUGCACACUGAAAUGGAACCCGCCACUAGACGACGGUGGCGCCCCCAUCGACCAUUACCUGGUCGAGAAGUUAGACACGGAGACUGGACGCUGGAUGCCGGCGCUGAAGACCAAGGACCCGAAGGCGGAGAUUGAGAACCUGGUGCCUGGACACGAGUACAAGUUCAGGGUCUCUGCUGUCAACAAUGAGGGAGUUUCGGAGCCCCUUGAGGCUGACCACUCCAUUAUUGCGAAGAAUCCGUUCGACGAACCCGGCAAGCCCGGAACACCAGAAGUGGUGGACUGGGACAAGGACCACGUGGACCUCAAAUGGGAGAAACCCCUCAAGGAUGGUGGUGCACCUAUCACCGGCUACAUCAUUGAGAAGAGGGAGGUCGGAUCACCCAAGUGGGUGAAGGCUUGUGAGGUGGGCCCCAACGACAAUGAGAAAGCGACAGUCCCCAACCUGGACGAGGGUACGGAGUACGAGUUCCGUGUGAAGGCAGUCAACGAGGCUGGACCGGGAGAACCUUCCGACGCCAGCAAGUCUGUCGUCUGCAAGCCUAGGAGACUGGCGCCAAAGAUCGACCGGCGCAACCUGCGCACGAUCAAGGUCCGCGAGGGCGAGCCCAUCUCGCUGGACGUGAAGGUCACUGGAGAACCCGCGCCCGACGUCACAUGGACGCUCAAUGGAAAGUCCGUCAGCAGUGGCAAUGGAUUGAAGCUGGUGAACGUGCCGUACCUGAGCAAGUACCAGCACUCGAGCCCGCGCCGCAAGGACUCGGGCACGUACAAGAUCCAGGCCGUCAACAAGUACGGACAGGACACCGCCGAGCUCGAGAUUCUUGUCACUUCCAAACCCGACAAACCCGAGGGUCCACUGGAAGUAUCAGACAUCCACAAGGACGGCUGCACCCUCAAGUGGAAGCGGCCCAAGGAUGAUGGAGGGGAACCCAUCGAGGCUUACCUCGUCGAGAAGUAUGACACGGAGACUGGCACCUGGUUGCCUGUCGGCAAGACACAUGGCAAUGUGCCGGAGAUGGAGGUCGAUGGCCUGAUCCCCGGCCACGAGUACAAGUUCCGCGUGAAGGCGCUGAACAAGGAAGGUGAAUCGGAGCCACUGGAGACAUUCGGCUCCAUCAUCGCUAAGGAUCCGUUCACGACUCCAGACGCGCCCGGCGCGCCCGUACCGGACGACUGGUCGGCCAGCCACGUGGACCUCAAGUGGGAGCCCCCACUGUCCGACGGAGGGUCCCCCAUCAUUGGCUACAUCAUCGAGAAGAAGGACAAAUACUCCCCUCUGUGGGAGAAGGCUGUGGAAACUCACACGCCUACACCUUCUGGCACUGUUAAUGGCUUGAUCGAAGGUAACGAGUACCAGUUCCGUGUGAUUGCCAUCAACAAGGCUGGUCAGAGCAAACCCUCGGAGGCCAGCAAGAACUUCGUGGCCAAGCCAAGGUUCCUGGCUCCGAAGAUCGACAGGCGUCACCUGAGAGACGUCACCAUCUCCGCUGGAUCUACACUGAAGCUGGAGGCUGCCAUCACUGGAGAGCCUGCGCCAGCUGUUGAAUGGAGAUACCAGAACAUGCCGCUGCGUCCAUCGAAGGCGGUAAUGAUAGACAGUCCGGAGUACUUCACGAAGCUGGUCAUCCGUCCAGUGCGUCGCGAUGACUCCGGAGAGUACACCGUCACCGCCGUCAACUCCAGCGGCAAGGACCAGGUCACCAUCAACGUGGUGGUCACUGACAAACCUAUGAAGCCUGAGGGACCUUUGCAGAUCUCAGACGUCCACAAGGAAGGAGCCACUCUCAAAUGGAAGAGGCCCAAAGACGACGGUGGCGCCCCCAUCGAGUACUACCAGAUCGACAAACUGGACACAGAGACCGGAUGCUGGGUACCGUGUGCCCGCUCCGAUGAGCCUAGAUUCGACCCAAAUGAACCGGAUCGUCCGCAACCACAAUGUGAGGUAACCGGAUUGACUCCUGGCAAGGAGUACAAGUUCCGCGUGUCCGCCGUGAACUCGGAGGGAGAGUCUGAACCUCUCACCUCUGAGGAGUCUAUCGUCGCCAAGAAUCCGUUCGACGAACCUGGCGCACCAGGAACACCAUCAGUCACAGACUGGGACAAGGACCACGUGGACCUGAAAUGGACCCCCCCACGGGACGACGGUGGCGCCCCCAUCGAGGGCUACAUCGUUGAGAAGAAGGACAAGUUCGGCAACUGGGAGAAGGCGGUCGAAGUACCGGCGGACAAGACCACUUGUACCGUGCCUGAUCUCAUUGAGGGACAGACUUAUGAGUUCAGGGUCCGUGCCGUCAACAAGGCGGGUCCAGGCGAGCCGAGCGACAGCACGCACCCCAUCGUGGCCAAGCCCAGGAACCUGGCGCCCAAGAUCGACAGGACCAACCUCAUCGACGUCAAGAUCAAAGUCGGACAGAAGUUCGGAUUCGAUGUCAAGGUAUCCGGCGAACCGAUGCCAGAAACGAAAUGGUUCUUGGCUAAGAAGGAAGUCAAAUCUGGUGGUGACGUCAAAGUACAGCAUUCAGAUUAUAACACUAAGCUGAACUGCAAGUCGGCCAAGCGAGCUGACAGUGGAAGGUACACCAUCACUGCUGAGAACAGCAACGGCAAGGAUGUGGCUGAAGUUGAGGUUAUUGUGCUGGACGUGCCCAGCCCACCUGGAGGACCACUCAAGGUCUCCGAUGUCCACGCCAACGGAGCCAAGUUAUCCUGGAACCCACCAGCAGACGACGGUGGUCAGCCCAUCGACAAGUACGUGGUGGAACGCAUGGACGAGGCCACGGGACGAUGGGUCACCGCUGGAGAAACCGACGGGCCUCAGACCAGCCUCGCUGUCGAAGGCCUUACUCCUGGACAUAAGUACAAGUUCAGGGUCCGGGCUGUUAAUAGGCAAGGCAAGUCCGAGCCACUCACCACACCACACGCCACCGAAGCCAAGAAUCCAUUCGACGUCGCCGGCAAGCCUGGCACGCCCAAGAUCAAGGACUUCGACAGAGACUUCGUGGAACUCGAAUGGACCAGACCACAGACCGAUGGUGGAGCACCCAUCACCGGCUACGUCAUCGAGAAGAAGGACCGCUUCUCCCCCGACUGGGAGGAAUGCGCACAAAUCGAGGGUGACGUCACUACAGGCAAGGUCCCAGACCUCAUCGAAGGAAACACGUACGAGUUCCGCGUCCGUGCCGUCAACAAGGCCGGUAAAGGUGAACCUAGCGACGGAACUGCACCACAUCUUGCUAGACCUAAGAACCUGCCGCCCAAGAUCGACAGGAACUUCAUGUUCGACAUCAAGGUCAAGGUCGGACAGAACUUCGACCUGGACGUGCCAGUCGCUGGCGAGCCAACACCUACCAAGGAAUGGUUCAACGGUGACAACCUCGUCAUGAACACUGACAGGAUCAAGAUUGUCAAUGACGCACACAGCACUAAGAUCCGUGUCAUUGACGCCAAGAGGGCUGACACUGGCACUUACACUCUGAAGGCCAGGAACAUCAACGGUACUGACACGGCCACGGUUAAGAUCACAGUCAUGGACGUGCCAACACCACCUGAAGGUCCACUCCGCGCUGAUGACAUCACCAAGUCUGGCUGCACUCUACGCUGGAGGCCGCCCAAGGACGACGGUGGUGCAGAGAUCACUCACUACGUCGUUGAGAAGAUGGACCAAGAGAACAUGCGCUGGAUCCCAGCUGGUGAGGUCCAGUCCUGCAGCAUCAGGAUUGACCACCUCAUCGAAGGUCACGACUACAACUUCCGUGUCCGUGCUGUCAACAAACACGGCGAAUCACAACCCCUUGUUGGACACGAGCCAAUCACUGCCAAGGAUCCCUACGGUACUCCAGACAAACCUGGAACUCCAGUUGUCAAGGACUGGGACAAAGACCACAUGGACCUCGAAUGGGUGCCACCGAAGAAGGAUGGCGGUUCACCCAUCACUGGUUACAUCAUCGAGGCUAAGAAGAAGUACGGACCUUGGGAAGUCGCUGCCACUGUGCCUGGAAACCAGACGACUGCCACCGUACCUAACCUCCAAGAGGGUGAGGAGUACGAGUUCAGGGUUAUUGCUGUCAACAAGGCCGGUAACGGAGAGCCCAGUGAUGCUUCCACACCACAGGUGGCCAAGGCCAGGUUCUGCGCACCACACUUCGACAAAAUGCUCUUGGCAGACAAGACUGUCAAGGCUGGCCAGAGGAUCCAAUACGAGAUUCCGAUCGAGGCAUCGCCUAAACCAACUGUCGAAUGGCAGAUCAACGGUAAAGUGGUCCACCCAACAGACAGGAUCGAUAUCCAGAUUCUACACAACAGGGUCAUUCUAGACAUUCCAUUCUCCGUCCGCGCUGAUGGAGGCGUUUACAAACUGACCUUGAAGAACGACCUCGGAGUCUGCUCUGCUGCAGCUCAAGUGACCGUCCUCGACAGACCUUCGAGGCCUGAGAAACCUUUGGUCGUAUCUGACGUUACCAAGGAAUCUUGCUCGCUAUCAUGGAAGGUACCUUUGGACGAUGGUGGAUCACCGAUCCUCCACUACGUCAUUGAGAAGAUGGACCUGUCGCGUGGUACCUGGUCUGAUGCUGGUAUGAGCACUUUCCUAUCGCACCAAGUCACCAGGUUGAUCCACAUGAAGGAAUACUUGUUCAGAGUGAGCGCUGUCAACGCUAUUGGUCAGUCUGAGCCUUUGGAGCUGGACCGUGCUAUCGUCGCCAAGAACGAGUUCGACGAGCCAUCCGCUCCUGGCAAACCUAAGGCCACUGACUGGAGCAAGAACCACGUCGACCUUGAAUGGGAGAAGCCUAAGUCUGAUGGUGGAUCACCAAUCACUGGUUACAUCAUUCAGAAGAAGGAGAAGGGCAGCCCCUACUGGGUGAAUGCUGUCCAUGUGCCUCCUAGCAAGAACAAGGCUACUGUACCUGAUCUGACUGAAGGCCAGGACUAUGAGUUCCGCGUUAUUGCCGUGAACCAAGCUGGUCAAUCAGAGCCUAGCGAGCCAUCUGACAUUAUCACAGCUAAGGACAGAUUCGUGGCUCCUAAGAUUCUUACACCACUUAAGGAGAUCCGCAUCAAGGCUGGACUCAUCUUCCACAUGGAUGUGGACUUCAUUGGAGAGCCUACUCCUGAUGUGACAUGGACUUGUGACGGCAAGCCAGUGGUAGCCAACGAGAGGACAACAGUCACUAUUGUUGGUCACCACACCAUUGUACACACUGUCAACUGCAAGCGUUCAGACGCUGGCAAGUACAACCUGAAGCUGAAGAACGACUCCGGCACUGAUGAGGGAAGCUUCGAGCUCAUUGUUCUCGAUGUGCCCGGAGCACCACAGCCUCCAUUCGAAUACGAAGAGAUUACUGCACAGUCCGUCACGUUGUCAUGGAAACCACCCAAGGACAACGGUGGCAGCGAGCUUACUGCUUACGUCAUUGAGAAACGUGACCUCACCCACGGAGGUGGAUGGGUACCAGCUGUCACUUACAUCAACCCGAAAUUCAACCACGCGACUGUACCACGUCUGUCUGAAGGUACCAAGUACGAGUUCAGAGUAUUCGCUGAGAACCUUCAAGGUCGCUCUGAGCCACUCGUCACUGACAGGGCAAUCAUUGCCAAGAACCAGUACACAGUACCUGGCAAGCCUGGCAAACCAGAGCUUGUUGCUGCAGACAAGGACCACAUCAACAUCAGAUGGUCGCCGCCCAUCUCGAACGGAGGAUCGAACAUCCUUGGUUACGACGUUGAGAGGAGGGACAAGGCUACUGGCCGCUGGAUCAAACUGAACAAGGACCCCGUCAGGUUGAACGAAUACAAUGACGAGAGGGUACAGGAAGGCCACCAGUACGAGUACAGAGUGUCGGCAGUCAACGCUGCCGGACCUGGACAGCCUUCCGACGAAUCCAACGUCUUCAUCGCUAGACCAAUGAAGGAGAGCCCCAAACUGAAGUUAGACCACCUCAUCGGCAGGAAGAUCAAGGUCCGUGCUGGCGAACCUAUCAAUAUCAACAUUCCAAUCAGUGGCGCGCCCACACCGACCAUCUCCUGGACCAAGGGAUCAGUUCCUAUUGUACCCUCGCACAGGGUCAGCGCUGAGACCAAGGCUGAUGAAACUAAACUCAGCAUUGAGAAGUCUGUUCGCGAAGAUGCUGGCAAAUACACGAUCACAGCGUCUAACGCUCACGGCAAAGACUCCGCUGACAUUGAAGUCAUCGUUGUCGACAAACCAGGAGUGCCUAAAGGUCCUCUCCUGUGCCAGCCCGUCACACACGACUCCAUCAGCCUCACUUGGCAGCCACCCACCGACGACGGUGGCAGCGAGAUCACCGGCUACGUUGUCGAGGUUGCUGAAUUCGGAGUUAACGACUGGCGCACGGUCGCUGGCUUCUGUCCCAAGUGCUCGUUCACUGUAAAGAACUUGACAGAAGGCAAGAAAUACGUAUUCAGGGUUCGCGCUGAGAACUUGUACGGUGUCUCCGACCCAUUGGAGAGCAAGCCUACACUUGCCAAGUCACCGUUCGACCCACCAGAUGCACCAGACACGCCCAAGAUUACUGGAUACAGCUCCAACAGCUGCUCUCUCGAAUGGGAGCCACCGAAGGACUGUGGUGGCAAACCCAUCACUGGAUACUAUGUUGAGAAGAGAGAGCGUGGAGGUGACUGGGUCAAGGUUAACAACUACCCAACACCUAACACAUGCUACACAGUAUCUGACUUACGCGAGGGCAACCGCUACGAGUUCCGCGUCAUUGCUGUCAAUGAAGCCGGACCCGGCAAGCCUAGCAAGCCGACCGAACCAAUCACAGCACAGACUCAGAGACUUAAGCCCAGCCCACCAGAGGCGCCCAAACCAGACAGAGUUACCAAAGACUCCGUUACAUUGUCCUGGAGGCCACCCAAGAGCGACGGUGGCGCCAAGAUCAAGGGAUACAUCAUCCAACAGAAGGGCAAGGGAGACAAGGACUGGAAGGACGUCAAUGACGUGCCUAUUCCAAGCCUGGUACACACUGUACCUGCGCUUAAGGAAGGAGCUGAAUACCAGUUCAGGGUUAUCGCUGUUAACGAGGUUGGCCGCUCAGAUCCUAGCAAGCCAACCAGCGAGAUCAUCAUCGCUGAACAGCCCAACAAACCAUGCAUGGACCUUGGAGGAGUCAGGGACAUUACUGUACGUGCUGGAGAGGACUUCUCCAUUCACGUGCCAUACACUGGCUUCCCACAACCGACUGCCCAAUGGUUCGCCGACGACAACUUGCUUGAUGUUGAAGGCGAUUCCAGAAUAUUCCAGAAGAUUACACCAGAGUCUGCAUCUCUUGUUGUCAAGAACGCGAAGAGGUCAGACGGUGGACAGUACCGCCUGCAACUGCGUAACCCAUCUGGUUACGACACGGCCACCAUCAACGUGCGUGUGCUCGACAGGCCUGGCAAACCAGAGAACCUGCGGGCUGAUGAGUUCGAAGGUGAAGCCCUUACACUGUACUGGAACCCGCCAAAGGACAAUGGCGGCGGCGAGAUCACCAACUACGUGGUUGAGAAGCGCGAGGGCAGAACCGCCAACUGGACCAAGGUAUCCGGCUACGUCACCACUCCGUUCCUGCGGGUGAAGAACUUGACGGUCGGAAAGGAUUACGAAUUCAGGGUUAUGGCUGAGAACCAGUAUGGUCAGUCUGACCCAGCACAGACUACUGAGCCGAUCAAGGCUAGGCAUCCAUUCGACCCGCCUGGUGCACCUGGAGCCCCUCGCUCUGUGGAGACGACGGAGUCUUCCAUUACCAUCACUUGGACCAAGCCUCGUCACGACGGUGGCUCGCCUAUUACUGGUUAUGUCGUAGAAAAGCGACUUAUAACUGAAGACAAAUGGACGAAGGCAUCUCACGCACACAUUCCUGACACCACGUACAAGGUUACUGGUCUGAUUGAGAACCACGAGUAUGAGUUCCGUGUGGCCGCUAUCAAUGCUGCCGGUCAGGGACCUUACUCCGCCAGCUCUGAUGCCAUCAGGGCCUGCGCUCCACCCAACUCGCCGAAGAUCACCAGCGAUCUCAGCCUCAGGGACAUCACUGUUAUUGCUGGAGAGGAGAUCAAGAUCACUGUGCCGUUUACUGGCAACCCAAGGCCAAAGGUAUCAUGGAUAGUGAACAACGAGGAGGUGUUCCCGGACAACCGCAUUCGCUUCGUGACAUCAGACGUGGACACCGUAUUCCACAACUCGCCUGCCAAGAGAUCCGACACAGGAUCCUACACCAUCCAGCUGGUUAACAGCGAAGGUUCUGACAGUGCUACCUGCAGGGUCCUAGUAGUAGACAGGCCAUCACCGCCAGUCGGACCUCUGGACGCGUACGACAUCACGCCAGACACAUGCACGCUGUCCUGGAAACCACCGCUAGAUGAUGGUGGAUCUCCCAUCACCAACUACGUGGUCGAGAAGAUGGAUAACAGUGGAGUAUGGUCAAAGAUCUCAUCGUUUGUCCGCAACUGCCACUACAACGUUAUGGGCCUGGAACCGAACCGCAAGUACACGUUCCGCGUCCGCGCUGAGAACCAGUACGGAGUGUCCGACCCAUUGACCAUGGACGAUGCUAUCACUGCCAAGUUCCCAUUCACGAUUCCCGACCCGCCGGGCAUGCCUCGCGUGACCGACUGGGACGGUUCAGCAGCCUCGCUGAUCUGGGACCGCCCUCGCUCGGACGGCGGCGCCCGCAUCCAGGGCUACAAGCUGGAGUACAGGGAUGUACAGGACGGAGUCUGGAACAGCUCCGAUUAUCUCGUCAAGGAUUGCAAUUACCAGGCUUACAACCUAGAGCCGGGGCACGAGUACGAGUUCCGUGUCCGCGCGAAGAACGCGGCGGGCUGGAGCAAGUACUCGGCUAGCUCGCAGCGGUUCAAGGUGCGCGGCAAGGCCAACCCGCCCGCGCCGCCGCGCGCGCCCCGCGUCGUCAGGGUCGGCAGGAACUAUGUCGACCUGUCCUGGGACCCGCCGGCGCAUGAUGGAGGUUCCCGUGUGACUGGCUACAUAAUCGAGCGCCGCGACGUGGGCAGCUCGGUGUGGGUGAAGUGCAACGACUACAACGUGCAGGACACCACCUUCACUGCCAUGAACCUCAAUGAGAAGGCUGACUACGAGUUCCGUAUUGUCGCUGUUAACUCAGCUGGCAAGUCAGAACCAUCAAGCUGCACCACUCCAGUCCGCACGGGCGAGGAGUUGGGUGGCACUAAACCAGAAUGGGUGAAGCAGUUGCCGCCCACUGUCUGCGCGCCGCUGGGCAAACCAUUCACGCUGGAGUGUGUGGCCACUGGCAACCCAGUGCCCACUGGUAGAUGGCUCAAGAACGGCCGUGAAGUCGUUUUGGGUAACAGGUUUAUCGCGGAGUCCCGCGAAGGUACGCUCCGCCUGAACAUCACGGCGGCCACGGACGCCGACGAGGGAGACUACACGUGCGAGGCCGUCAACAACAUCGGCUUCAUCUACUGCACUGGACAUCUCAAGAUUGGAAACCCACCUCGCAUCGUCCGCAUGCCGGGCGACCUGCACCUGCCGGAGCACGACAACACGAAGAUCAAGGUCCUGUACACCGGCGACCAGCCCGCAGACGUCGUCCUCACCAAGGACGGACACAAGCUCACCGACUCGCCGCACUUCAAGUACACCGUCUUCGAUGACUAUAUACUUAUCUUCAUCAAGGAUAUUACUAAGGAUGAUAUGGGCAUCUACAAGAUCGCCAUUUCGAACAAGUCGGGCGAGACAUCAGACACGUUCAGCGUCACCGUCACCGGGUUACCAGGACCUCCACAAGGUCCUCUGGAGACCACGGACAUCAGCCGUCACUCCUGCACCCUCGCAUGGAAGCCUCCCACGUACGACGGAGGCCUGCCCGUCACUCACUACGUCAUCGAACGUAACGACAUCUCGGGCACCGCGUGGAUAACUAUCGCGUCCUCUGUGAGGGACACCAAGUUCACAGUACAAGGGUUGACGGAGGGACAGGAGUAUAACUUCAGGGUUCAUGCUGCUAACGAUAACGGCAUGGGACCGGCUCUUGAAGGACCCAGCCCGAUUAAGGCCAAGGCACCAUACGACCCACCAUCAGCUCCUGGCAUCCCCAAGAUCCUGGAGGUCGGAGGAGACUUCGUCCACCUGGAAUGGGACAAACCAGAGAGUGACGGUGGAUCUAGGAUUCAAGGUUACUGGAUCGACAAACGCGAGGUCGGCACUACGACCUGGCAGCGCGUGAACCCGACACUCUGCUUACCAAACCAAUGGAACUGCUCCAACCUCAUCGAGGGUCGCCAGUACGAGUUCCAGGUCACCGCGCAGAACGAGGCUGGACUCUCGCCGCCUAGCAGCGCUAGCCAACAGGUCAAGGUCGUCGAUCCUAAAGCGGCCACACCGCCAGAGAUCGUGAAGCCAUUGAAGAACGCCAACUGCAUCCAGUACCACAACGCCAAGUUCCAGUGCACCAUCACUGGACAACCGAAACCUACCAUCACUUGGUACAAGGGUGCUCGCGAGAUAACGAACGGUCCUCGUCACCGCAUCUGGAGCGAGGGAGACAACCACUUCCUGACUGUCAUGGAUGUCUUCGGAGAAGACGCCGAUGAAUACGUCUGCCGUGCCGUCAACCGCGCCGGUGUCAAGUCCACCAGGGCUGAACUGCUGAUUAUGACCGCACCAAAACUGAACGUGCCGCCUCGCUUCCGUGUGACGGCGUACUUCGACAAGGGUGAGAACGUGGUGAUCAAGAUUCCUUUCACCGGCCACCCGAUACCGAAGAUCACUUGGGUCAGGGAAGGAGAGACCAUCGAGUCUGGUCUCCACUACCAUGUUGAGAGGAAAGAACGCCACGCGAUCCUAACGAUCCGUGAUGCCAGCAAACUGGACUCCGGCCCGUACAGGAUCACUGCCGAGAACGAACUGGGACAGGACUCCGCCACCAUCAACAUUGAAAUUAGCGAUCGUCCCGACCCACCACGCUUCCCAGCGGUGGACAACAUCGGCGUGGACUCGCUGGCGCUCAGCUGGAAGGCGCCGGUCUGGGACGGCGGCUCCGACAUCACCAACUACCUGGUCGAGAAGAGAGAACACCCCAUGUCCAGCUGGAUAAGGGUCGGAAAUACCAGGUUCACAACAAUGGCGAUCACAGGCCUGGUACCAGGCAAGCAGUACGAGUUCCGAGUGUACGCGGAGAACAUCUACGGCAGGUCGGAGCCCAGCGAGCCCACCACGCUGGUGCAGACCAAGGCCAUCAUCAAGAAGGAGUUCCAGAAGAAGGAAUAUCCUGUGGACGAAACAGGCAAGCGUAUCCGCACGAACGCAGACCACGGACCGAUCAAGGACUACGAUAGCUACGUGUUCGACAUCUACAGCAAGUACGUGCCGCAGCCAGUGGACAUCAACACCUGCUCCGUCUACGACAAGUACGACAUACUGGAGGAGAUUGGUGACUUCGUGAGAGCCCCGUCGCGAAGGUCGCGCGCCGGAGGUACAGGCGCAUUCGGCGUUGUCCACCGUUGCCGCGAGAGGGCGACAGGCAACUACUUCGCGGCUAAGUUCAUACCGGUCGCCGGCGCUAUGGAGAAGGAACUCAUUAAGAAGGAGAUUGACAUCAUGAACCAACUUCACCAUCGUAAGCUGAUCAACUUACACGAUGCCUUCGAGGAUGACGACGAGAUGGUUCUUAUUUUCGAGUUCUUAUCCGGAGGCGAGCUGUUCGAGCGCAUCACAGAGCCAGGCUACAACAUGUCGGAGGCCGAAGCUGCGCACUACAUGCGCCAGAUCUGCGAGGGAGUCAGACACAUGCACGAACAGAACAUCAUUCAUCUGGACCUCAAGCCGGAGAACGUCAUGUGCCAGACUAGGACUGGUACUGAUGUUAAGAUCAUCGACUUUGGUCUGGCCACCAAGUUAGAUCCGAAUGAAGUGGUGAAGAUAUCGACCGGCACGGCGGAGUUCGCUGCGCCGGAGAUCGUGGAGCGCGAGCCGGUCGGCUUCUACACGGACAUGUGGGCCGUCGGUGUACUGUCCUAUGUACUGCUAUCCGGUCUAUCGCCGUUCGCCGGUAACAACGACAUUGAGACCCUGAAGAACGUGAAGGCAUGCGACUGGGAGUUUGACGAGGAAGCCUUCCAGCACGUGUCUGAUGAUGCCAAGGACUUCAUCAGGAGGCUGCUCGUCAAGAACAAGGAGAAGCGUAUGACAGCGCACGAGUGCCUGAUGCACAAGUGGUUGGCGGGCGACGCGGCGGCCGGGCGCACGGCGCAUAUCGCGGCACGCCGGUACGAGGCGCUGCGGGACCGACUGCGGGCGCAGUACGAGAACUGGUCAUCGUUCAGACUGCCCAUCGGCCGGCUGAGCGAGUACAGCUCGCUGCGCAAGCUGCUCAUCGAGAAGUGGAAGAUAUACGAUGGACAGUUCGACCGCAGACAAGCAGCCCCGCGCUUCGUGAUCAAGCCUCAAUCCGCGUUCUGCUACGAAGGCCAGUCCGUGAAGCUCUACUGCCGCAUCAUUGCAUGCGCCACGCCCACCGUCACCUGGUCCAGGAACAACCACGAGCUCAGGCAGUCCGUCAAGUUCAUGAAGAGGUAUGCUGGCGACGACUACUACUUCAUAAUCAACCGCGCCAAGCUGGAGGACCGCGGCGAGUACAUCAUCAGGGCUGAGAACCACUACGGAUUCAGGGAGGAGGUCGUCUUCCUCAACGUACAACCGGUCCCGAAGGUCCAACGCCAGCACCUGCCCGAGGCCCCGCGGCGGCGCGAGGCCCUGCCGUACACGUUCUGGCAGGAGUCGUCCGAGACGGCGCCCGCCUUCACGUUCCAGCUGCGGCCGCGAGUCAUGCAGGCGCGCGACACCUGCAAGCUGCUCUGCUGUCUCAGCGGCAAGCCCACGCCCACUGUCAAAUGGUACAAGGAUAAGAGAGAGCUAUCGAAGUAUGAUUACUCGAUGACGCACUCGGACGGCGUGGUGACGAUGGAGAUCGUGGACUGCCGGCCCGAGGACAGCGGCAAGUACACCUGCGUCGCCACCAACGUGCACGGCACUGACGAGACCUCCUGUGUCGUUAUUGUUGAGGGCGAGGUAACAUCACCGGAGCAGGCGCAGAUGAUCCACAACUUCCUCCACUCCGGAGACAGGCGCUACAUUGAGAAACCGCUCAAACCGGCGCCGCCGCCGAUCAUCACCAAGACUAAGCGUCGCCGUCCCCAAAAUAUAACGAAUGAACAAGAAGAACAGGUGACAAUCGACCCGCCCGCGAAGGCCGCGCCGAGACCCAAGUAUUCACCACAGACAUCCGUAGAAGCCAGCAAGAAGAAAUAUGGCGGACUCUCACGACUGGACUCCGACACCUCGUCCAGGUCCAGGAGUGCUACUAAGGAGCUUAUAUUGCCAGCGUCGGACUCGACGAUGUGCGGUCCGUCGUUCGCGCGGUCGCUGCCGGACGCGCUGGCGGCCCGGGACGGCGCGCCGCUGCUGCUGUCGGCCGCCGUGCGCGGCGACCCCGACCCGCGCGUGCAGUGGUACAAGGAUGGAAAGCCGCUGCACUCGUCUGAGGUUGUAGACCUUAAAUACAAGAACGGCGUGGCGUCGCUGGCCAUCAACGAGGUGUUCCCGGAAGACGAGGGCGUCUACUCCCUGAAGGCCAUCAACAGCCAGGGCGAGACUGAAACCAAGUGCAAAGUCACUGUCAAACCUAUGGAAAGCAGCGCGGCGGCGGCCGUGAAGCUGGGCGACAAGCCUCCCAGAAUAGUGGACCACGCCGUCUCACAGACUGUCAACGACGGAGACGCCGUCACGCUGUCUUGCAGGAUCACGAACGCGGAACGUUUCGACGUGAUCUGGCUGCACAACAACAAGGAGAUCAAGCCGUCCAAGGACUUCCAGUACUCCAGCGAGGCCAACAUACACAAACUACACAUUGCUGAGAUAUUCCCUGAGGAUGCCGGCGUAUACACAUGCGAGGCGUUCAACGACGCGGGCGAGUCGUUCUCGUCGUGUUCCCUCGUGGUCCGCGUGCCGGGCGAGGCGCCCCCCUCCCCCCACUACACGGCCUUCCCCAGCUCCGCCACCGUCAGCAACGCUGAGCCUGCUGUCUUCACCACUGAGUUGGAUAAGCCACCACUCCAGCUUCAAUGGUUGAAGGACGGCAAACCCAUCGACGAGACCUCCGCCAGAUAUAAGUUCAUGAUGGAAGGCACCUCCAGGUACCGGCUCGAGAUCGUCAAGUGCAGCCCUGACGACGCCGGCCAGUACCAGGCCCGCGCCGUCGGAUCCAAGGGAGACGCCCUCGCUGCGUUCUACCUUAACGUCGUCGACCACUAAACUAUGGACUGACUGGGAAACCGACAGGACCCAAUACGGAACCCUGCGGAACACCCACACAAAACUAACUGGAUGAUACGAUAUUGAGUAUGAGUAACGAUUUUUUUAUACAAUUCGGAGUCGUUAGUGUGUAAAGCAGUUUUUUUUACAUUAUAUUAAAUUAUUAUUUAUUAAUAAACAAUUACGUUAAGUGUUACACCCUGUCGAAUGCCUAUGAGAAGACCUGGAAGUAUCCUCGUACGCUCUCUAGUCACUGUUAACUUUUAAAUGUUAUUUAUUUAUUUGUCGACUAUUAUCCGUUGUUAUUUUUUGUUUAUUUAUCGUCCUCUCCUAACAGAUAUGCAGCUUAUUUUGAAAAGCUUGGAUUUAAUAAACGUUGGCAUAGAUUGUAGGCCAGAGUCCCUAGCCGGGCCGCCGCCACCUCGGCCCGACUUGCGACCCUCGCUCACCAAAAUCUGUAUAAUUAUUUUUAUAUAAAUUUAACUGUAUUAUUUAAUUGUACAUAAUUUAAUUUAUAUCAUGUGACCGAGUAAUUUAUGAAUAAAUAUGUAUACUUAAAAAUAAUAA